AUGAGUCUGCGUCUCGCCCUGGGCUCCAUCGUCGCCCCCAAGCGUCCAACGCGAGCCAUGAGCAAUUCGGGCACCGCGAGCCCUGUAUUCCCCUACGGGACUCCCGUCACGCCCCUCCCGACGCCUGCGACGCCUGCCUCGCAGUCAUCGUCGUCGAGUCCCGACCGCCAUGAACAGUCUCCAACCUCUCACUCUCACUCGCCGCUUGCCUUCGCAACGACGGCUGAGCCGGACCUUCCACCAGCCGUCACAAUUGUCUCUGACUCUGCCCGCACUAGCAGAGCGAAGCUCAUCGGGACUCUUCAAUCGAAGAGCGCGUUCGAUGCGUUGGUUCAUGGAUCCUGGGUGUAG